AUGAAGGCGAAAGGAGAGUUGAGGGAAUACGAGGUGAUCGGCCGCAAGCUCCCUUCGGAGAGCGAGCCAAAGCCACCUCUAUACAAAAUGAGGAUCUUCUCUCCCGACCCAAUCGUCGCUAAGUCUCGUUUCUGGUAUUUCUUGCGUCAGUUGAAGAAGUUUAAGAAGACCACUGGCGAAAUUGUCUCCAUUAAGGAAAUCCCAGAGAAGAGCCCUGUUAAAAUCAAGAACUUUGGUAUCUGGUUGCGUUAUGAGUCACGUUCUGGUGUACACAAUAUGUACCGUGAAUACCGUGAUUUGAGUGUUGGAGGAGCAGUCACUCAGUGCUAUCGUGAUAUGGGAGCCAGGCACAGAGCCCGCGCCCAUUCCAUCCAGAUCAUCAAAGUGGAAGUAAUCAAGGCGGCCGCAUGCCGCAGGCCCCAGGUGAAGCAGUUCCACAAUAGCAGCAUCAGAUUCCCGCUGCCCAAGCGUGUGCACCACCACAAGCGUCUCAACACCUUUGCAUACAAGAGGCCCAGCACAUACUUCCUAUAA